AGCUCUGCUCAACCAGCUCGCUCCGCUCUGUCCGGCUGUGUUGGUUCGAGGUGGCCUGAUUCAGAAUGACCUUGUACAGCAGCUCUAGAUUCCUGUGGCUCUUCAAGAUGUCCGUCUUCAUCUUAGUAGCUGGCAUGGUUUUGUUCAUUCUCAGAGGGGUAGUCCUUCAUGAAGAGUUCAGCCUCCACCCAGAGUUCCCACGUCCUGCUCAGGCGGUGCCGCUGCCGAAGCUGCUGCCCGAGGAUCGUCUCAGGAAACUCUUUACCUACGAUGAAAUCUGGCUGUUCCCCAAAAAUCACUGCCAGUGUGAAACCAAACAGCAGGGCUACAACUUUCAGGAGGCCUAUGCCCGGACAGACCUUCCUGCCGUGAACGCGAGGAGGCAGGCUGAAUUUGAACACUUUCAGAGGAGAGAAGGGCUGCCACGCCCACCGCCCCUGCUGGCUCCGCCCAACCUUCCCUUUGGGUACCCGGUCCACGGGGUGGAGGUGAUGCCCCUGCAUACUAUUCUUAUCCCAGGUCUCCAGUUUGAUGGACCCAACGCUACCAUCUAUGAGGUCACCCUGACUGCUUCUUUGGGGACAUUCAACACCCUCGUUGACAUCCCAGACAGUGUGGUGCGGGGCAGAGGCCAGAAGCAGCUGACCAUUACGACCAGGGACCGGAAGCUUUUGAAUUUCAUCCUCCAGCACGUGACCUACACCAGCACGGUGUACCAGCUGCACAGGGUGGAUGUGGUGAGUCUGGAGUCCAAGUCCUCAGUAGCCAAGUUUCCAGUGACCGUGCGCCAACCUGUCAUGCCCAAAUUAUAUGACCCUGGACCAGAGAGGAAACUCAGAGACCUGGUGACUAUUGCCACCAAAACUUUCCUCCGUCCCCACAAGCUCAUGACCAUGCUCCGGAGUGUUCGUGAGUAUUACCCAGACUUGACUGUGAUUGUGGCUGAUGACAGCAAGGAACCUUUGAGAAUUAAUGACAGCCAUGUGGAGUACUACAUCAUGCCCUUUGGGAAGGGUUGGUUUGCUGGUAGGAAUUUGGCCAUAUCUCAAGUCACCACCAAAUACGUUCUCUGGGUGGACGAUGACUUUGUUUUCAACAACAAGACCAAGAUUGAGAUGCUGGUGGAUGUUCUGGAGAAAACUGAACUGGACGUGGUAGGUGGCAGUGUACUUGGAAACGUGUUCCAGUUUAAGCUCUUGCUGGAGCCAGGUGAGAAUGGCGGCUGUCUUCACCGGAGGGCAGGAUCGUUCCGGCCCCUGGAGGGCUUCCCCAACUGUGUGGUGACCAGUGGCGUUGUCAACUUCUUCCUGGCCCACACAGACCGACUGCUGAGAAUUGGCUUCGACCCCCGCCUGCAACGAGUCGCUCAUUCAGAGUUCUUUAUUGAUGGCCUCGGGAGCCUGCUCGUGGGGUCCUGCCCAGACGUGAUUAUAGGUCACCAGGCCCAUUCUCCAGAGGUAGACAAGGGGCUGGCUGCCCUGGAGAAGACCUACGGCAAAUACCGGGCCAACACCAAUGCCCAAAUCCAGUUCAAGCUGGCUCUCCACUACUUCAAGAACCAUCUCCAAUGCUCUACAUAA